AGAUACCUUAGGUAUGGAACAGGACACAGAAAACAGCCAGACAAUCGAAACCACUCUCUUCCUACAUCUAGCACAACUUUUGGAACUUUUACGAUCGGCUUUUAUAUACGUUCACUUCCUCACUUACAUCUACCCUCUCUUUUGCUCUAUCGUUUCCGAUGGACGAAAAGCGGCCCGAUAAAGACCGUCAUCGAUACCUUGAAAGAGAGCGGCGCCCUCAACGAGAAGCUCGAAUACCAACCAAAGCACACUAUCCACAACAAGUAUAUGGAGUACAAGGCCGCUGAUAGAAGAGCCGGGGAGGAUAGAGUUGCUUAUAACCAAAAGGCCAACGAACUGAAGGUCAACGGUGCACAUGAGCAGGAAACGCACAAACAGCUAGCCCCAUUGGCGGCGGCAGCCUAUAAGAGCGCCAAGAUUCAUGCCGACAAACGCCGCGCAUUCAACGAGCGGUAUAAAGACGUGCUGGUGGCCAGGGGCAGGGACAUCUACAAGGGCCAUGUAGAGGCGGCCAAGAACGCAGAGGCCAGCUCGAAGAAGUAUGCGGCGAAGGCGCAGACGCAUCAGAAGGACAGGAAACGUUAGCGGUAGUGGGCUGAUGGCCCGACAACAGGUAUCUGCGUUGUGUGCGGGGGUUCGACCCAC